AUGGCGCCCCUACGACUUAGGAUAGAGGGGCGAACGUUUCGCGACAGUGAGAACAGAGAGGUUACGCUGCGUGGUAUCAAUGUAGCUGGAGACGCCAAAUUCCCAAGGAACCCUGAUUUACCCUCGAACAAUCCCGACAGGUUCUAUGAAGGAGACGAAGUAUCCUUUGUUGGCAGACCGUUUUCCAUCGACGAGGCACAUACCCAUUUCUCACGACUGAAAAGAUGGGGUUACAAUUUAAUUCGUUACGUAUUCACUUGGGAAGCCAUUGAGCAUGCCGGACCCGGGAAAUAUGAUGAGGAGUGGGUGCAGCAUACCAUUGAGGUUUUGAGACUGGCAAAGGGAUACGGCUUCUACAUAUUCAUGGAUCCUCAUCAAGAUGUCUGGUCACGAUUCACUGGUGGUUCUGGUGCACCCAUCUGGACAAUAUACGCAAUGGGACUCAAUCCACGGGCAUUUCCUUCGACCCAAGCAGCUUGGGUACAAAAUACGUACUCUGAUCCUGCCAAAUAUCCGAAAAUGAUAUGGGCAACAAAUUAUACGCGGUUGGCGUGUCAAGUCAUCUUCACCAUGUUCUUUGGAGGAAAAGACUUCACCCCAAAGGCCAUCAUCGAUGGGAAAAACAUCCAAGACUACUUGCAGGAUCACUUUGUCGAAGCGUGUCGUCACCUUGCUCUGAGAAUACAGGAAGCAGGAGAUAUCGAGAACGAUGUGGUUAUUGGUUGGGAGAGUAUGAACGAGCCGAAUCGAGGUCUCAUUGGCUGGCAGGAUGUUUCGGUCAUCCCCGAAGACCAGAAAUUACAAAAAGGGCCUUCGCCGACUGCAUGGCAAGCAAUGUUGACUGGUUCUGGUAGAGCAUACGAAAUGGAUGUUUGGGACUUUGGUGGUUUGGGACCGUACAAAUCCGGCACUGAAUUAGUGGACCCCAAAGGAGAAUCGGCUUGGCUAUCAGCAGACUAUGAUGACUCAAGGUACGGUUGGAAGAGGGAUCCAGGGUGGAAAUUGGGAGAAUGUAUCUGGGCACAGCAUGGGAUUUGGGACCCAUUAAACGAUCAAUUGCUGAAGAAAGAUUACUUCGCAAGGCAGCCGAAGAGCGGCAGGAAAAUCGACUAUGAAUUUUUCACAAACAACUACUUCAUGUCAUACUAUCGAAGACACCGGAAAGCCAUCACAAGCGUACAUGAAAAUGCUAUAAUGUUCUGUCAACCACCCGUCCUCGAGAUACCCCCUUCAAUCAAAGGCACAGAUGACGACGACCUAAACAUGGUCUUUGCUCCUCAUUUCUACGACGGCAUUACUCUGAUGAUGAAGAAAUGGAAUCGAUACUGGAAUGUCGAUGUUUUCGGAAUCCUGCGAGGAAAAUAUCUGUCACCAGCAUUUGCUGUCAAAGUAGGCGAGACAGCAAUAAGGAAUUGCUUCAGAGAUCAGCUCUCUGGCAUCAGGAAAGAAGGAAUGGAAUAUAUGGGAAACCAUCCUUGCAUCUUCACGGAAAUUGGUAUACCGUAUGACAUGGACAAUAAGUACGCUUACAAAACCGGUGACUACUCGAGUCAGUCAUCCGCCAUGGAUGCAAAUCAUUUCGCACUAGAAGGUUGCGGCUGCAAUGGCUAUGCUUUAUGGCUAUACAUGGCUUCGAAUAACCACGAAUGGGGCGACCUUUGGAAUGGCGAAGACCUUUCCAUUUUCUCACUCGACGACAAACCUCUACCGCUCCAUCCCGAACCCAAUUCGGAAGUACCAGGUCCGACCCCCAACGCUUCUACUGUCUCUGUUGACAGGAAUUCGCCUGCCUUUUCCGAAAGCCGCUCGACUGAUGCAUCCCCUGUCAUUCCAGAAACCCUGAAGAACAAGCUCUCAACCCCUUCCAUCUCGUCACAGAAAUCAAACACACCAUCAGAAAUUGGUAGUACGCCCGGCUUCCGUGCUGCCGAGGCAUACGUGCGCCCUAGUCCAAUAGCUACUGUCGGAAAUGUCACCUCCUCUGGCUUUGAUCUGCGUAACGCAACAUUCACCUUCUCGCUUGAAUGCAAGACAGCUGCUACGGAGGAAGUACCCACAGAAGUCUUCCUACCCGAAUUUCAUUUCCCUCGUGACAACACCACAGUUGAAGUUACUAGCGGCAAAUGGACGAUCAGUGUCGACGAGAAGUACGGUGGUCUGAUCCAAAGUCUGAGAUGGUACCAUGGUGUGGGUAAGCAGAGCGUGACUGUCAAAGGGGUGAGAAGACGGCAGGGUAUGGCAUUGAGGAAGGAGGAAGAAGAAGGUUAUUAUGAGCAAUGCAGGCAGAGAGGCUGUAGCAUGAUGUGA